GUUAUGGGCUCCUGGAUUUAAAAGUGGAGUCGCAAGCUUUUCUCUCAGACAUGAACUGGGACAAUCAGCUGAGCUCUAUCCUGUCCGUAGCAGAUGGCAGCGUUGCGAAGAUGAGGGAGAGGCUGACUUCACCGGGGAAGUUCACCAAAGGAGGCCAAGAUUUGUUUCCAGUGAAGGAGAGGACUCAUGAUUCAGAUUUGGUCCCUCCUGCUCUUCCUCCUCGAUCCCCCCUUCUCCGACAGCCUUCCACAUCUCUCAGUCCUGCUGUUCAGUGGGCAGAUGUAGCCGCUGUCCAAUCACAGCUCCAGAUACAGAGCCAGGCGAUUGAGUCUCUCACACAGAGACUCCAUGACUUGGAAAGGGAGAGACAGACUCAGCAAUGUCACAUCCAGACACUACAAGAGGAGGUUCAAAGGCUGCGUGAGGAGCUGAGGGAGAGGGAGAGGGCCGAAUCGAGGAGGGGACAAAGUCCGGGAGCAGAGAGACGGAUGGAGCAGUGGAGGAGAGAGGUUGGACGUGAGCUGAGCAGUCUGCGGGGACACAUCACCAGAGCCACGUCGCUAGGCAACCUGGAGGAGAGUUUCAGCUCAAAACUUCGCCGAGAAGAACUGGAACACCUGCGGAGAGAGGUGGACCAACUGAAAGCACAACUAAGGAGACAAGGGGAGGACAUGUUCCUUCAGCAGGCAGAAACCAGAGAGACCAGAAGACAGUACGAACACAGCUGCAAGACGCUAGAGGAGCUGACAGACAGCUACAGAGUUCACAGCACUGAUCUGGCAAAGACGGUCUCUCAGUAUUCUCACACACAACAAGCGGUCCACCAGAUCAGAACAACUGUGUCAGAACUGAAGGAGGAGGUCAGGAGACUUAUCCUCCGAGAACGCCAACCAACACCUUUGCUGUCAGCGCACACAUCAGGGGCAUCACCGCUUCCGCUCCCUGGCAGCCACAGAAGAGGGGUCAAUGUUGAUGAGGCAGAGUCUGACUCAGAAGACUUCAGCCCGACCCCGAGCCUGGCUGAGGUCAGCUCAGAUGACCUGUCAUGGCUGGAUGACAAAGACUCUGCUCUUCAUCAGAAGCCGCGAGUGCGUCUGAGCGUUCAGUCCAGACGGAGCGACUUUGCUGGUCCGGGAUCGGAUCUGGAGGACGACGAUGACAAUGAUGAUGAUGGUGAUGAUCUCCUUGGUGAAGAUGUGAACCCAGAUUUAGGAUCUGACCUCAGUCUCAAUGAUCUCUGACCUUUUAUAAGGUGACUGUUGUGUCAUUUGACUAAAAAAGGAGUCAGCAACAUAAAGACAUUUGUCCCAGCUUCUCCAGUACACUACCUGAAAUGUGUUAUUAAUUUUAUCUGAUCAGUCCAGUUUAGAGUUACAGUCCUCUUCUGAAAACUGAAACUUUAAAAAUAGAAAAAGGAUAACACAAACAGCCAUAUGGCGUAUUUCCUUUGUGGUCUCAAGGGAAGUAAAAAGGGAGAGGAAACAAAGGAUGGCAAACAGAAGACUUGGCAUGGCAACAGAUGCACAUGCAUUUAACAAGUAAUUAAGUCAUCCUACUUAGUGUUGCUUAACGGGCCUGCUUAGAUAUAUGUGAUGCAAAGUUCAUACCAAUGGGGAAACUUUCAGAGAGGGGAUUUCUCAAAGGCUAUUUUUAAAUACAUCUUUGUGAGAGAACCAGAAGAGUUAGUGACAGAUUACACAGUGUCAGACUUACAAGUUAAUCACCACUUUUUUCUUUUCAGAUUGAUUUUCCCUGCUCGACUGAUUAUCCUUUAAACUGUCUGAUUCCAAGUGACACACCCAAGCUCCUGCUAACAAACUGUGCUGAAACAAACCACCAAAAGAUUGAGCAUUGUUUGCCGUCAGGCUGGUUAGUGAGACCUGCUGGAGGCUGAGGACUGUGAUAGCUGCAAAUCCUCUUUAAAUAAUCUGUAACUGUCUCCACAUGCACAGACUGGUUUGAUGCUGGGAACAAACUGGGAGACAGGCAGCUGUUUGAGCAGGAUUCUUUGUGAGAGCUUCACAAUCAGUCUGUUUUCUGCACAGUACAGUUUUGUGAGCUUUAUUUCUCACUGUGAGCUUUACUGGUUGAACCUCUGGCCACGAAAUUUGGAAAUCAGUUGCUUUUGCCGCACCCUCUGUACCCAUGUUGCGAAUCACUGACACUAAAUUAUGGGUCCUGCCAGAGUGAAGGACAGAAGCGCUGUGAUUGGUCCGUUAAACCACAAGGUUUGGUUUCAAGCAGAAGAGUUUAAAAUAGUUACGUGUAGGGUUGUUAUGAUGACAGAUGGUUGGGGUUAGGUAAAGUUUUGGUGUAGUUUAAAUGAGCAGGACCUUCAUCUCUGCCCAUAACGACAGUGAGAUCCAUAAGAACACCACUCUGCUUUUUAUUAGCAAAGUCAGAGCCCACAGUGUGCUUAUAUUGCCUUAAAGGAACAGUUCACCCCUAAAUCAAAAAUACAUAUUUUUCCUCUACGUGUAGUGCUGUUUAUCAGCCUAGAUUGUUUUGGUGUGAGUGCAGAGUUUUGGAGAUACUGACCAUAGAGAUGUCUGCCCUCUCUCCAGUGUAUUGGACGACAUGGCGCUCAGCUUGUGGUGCUUAAAGCGUCAAAAAAUACAUUUCUGAUCUCUUUCCAGAAAUCAUUACACGCUUACUUGAGACAAUCCCCAGACCUUGCUGUGAGCAGUUUCAUGCAGGAACUACUUUCUUUCUACCAAACUACACCUGCCAAAUGAAUCACUGCGCAGAAGGAAGCAUACAUUUACUGUUAGCUCACCCAGCACCACUGAGCUAGCUAAAGUUACAGCUCAGCUGAGGAGUGAGUCCUUUGUACAUGAGUAGAUGCACACGGCAACUCACAGUAGGGAUGUCACGAGAACCAAUACUUUGGUACCAAGGCAGUGCCAUUUUAAGUAAGUGCUGGCACUCAUUUCUCUCCACUGUCGAAGGUACAGUGGAUGCAGUUCUUUCAGACCUAACAGGCAGCAUAUUUGCCUACAAGUGUGAUAGUCUGUUGUUAAAUGCCAAAGGAAGUAGCUGACCAGACGAAGCUGCAGCCACAGCUCCGACUUAACUCAUCAAAAAGUUGUUUUUUCUGCAUAUUUUUUAUAUUAUUCUGUUUUUAAUUCUUCUGCACUGAGCGCUGCAUGUUUGGUGUUUUUUCUGAUCACCAAGAGUUGAAAAUCCAAACCAAUCAGAGUGGAGUAUUAGUCUAUCAAAAUCACAAACCCACAUAGACUAGUACUUUGCCUUCAAAGCAGAUCCUCAGUGGUAAAUAAUAACAUUUAAAUUCAGUUUGUAUGGGUUUUUAAGUUAUGUUUACGUUAGGCCUGUCAAAGUUAACAUGUUAACGAGUUAACCCAAAGUCCUUUUAACGCUGCUAAUUUUAUUAAUGCAUGAUUAACACAUGUACGUUCUGUAAUUAUAAUUAACCCAUGGCCCACCCUGUAGUUUGGGAACUCAGGAAGCAAUGCAGCAGUAACAUUGUGGAUGGCAAGCAGGAACAAACCUCCAUGAGCAGAAAUAGAUAAAGAAAGGGGUCAUUUAAAUGGCAAGUUCAGCCCAGAGUCGUGCCAGAUGGUUCCCUCCAAAGUUAGACUAAAGCUAUUUACAUUAACUGUCAACAUGAAUUCAGUUACCACCGGAGUAUGUUGAGCUGCUUUAAAAAAACGGGGGAUAUUUGGUUGAUCUUUACAUUGUGUUAGUAUGACUAAGAAACAUUCAGGUCAGUAUGUCCAUCUGUUGCUGCUUGAUGGUUGAUGAGUUUGCCAUGGUAUGCUUUAAACAUAUGAGCAUGCUGUGCUCUGAGGUUAUUCUGGAGAAUAUUCUGGACAGUAUUUGUCAUUUUUAUGGAUUGUUGUGCUAAUGCUAAAUAUACUGUUGCAUAAAGCGAGUAUAUUUGUCCACUCCCAUGUUGAUAAGGGUAUUAAAAACUUGAAAAAUGUCACUUUAAGAUACAUUUAGAACAGAUAAAACAAGUUUAAUUAAUUGGCGAUUAAGUGCAAUUAAAUAUUUUAUCGAUUGACAACCCUAGUUCAAGUACAUGUGGGUUUUUUAAUUUUUUUUUCUUGGGUAUGGAAUUGUGGAAUUGCACAGGUAUUGGUAUCUACUAAAUUCUUGAUAUGGUGACAUGUCUUAAGGCUAGAUCAUAUUACACGAUUUCA